UACUGCGUUUUAUUAAUACCAUAAUACGUUUGACUUGGAUACUUUCCUAAGCCAUGAGUGGGAUUCAUAGUUGGAGCUUCACUGGCAUUUCCAUCAUGUUAACAUUAACAUCUGGAACACUGGCAGGUCAACUUCUUUACAACCUGGCACUGAAACAAAAAGCUGUCCAAUCUUCAACCAGUGGCUCUGUGGGUACUGCUGGUAAGGCAGUUGAUGGAAACAGAGAUGCAAACUAUCAAAGUGGGUCUUGCACACUUACCAAUGUAGAAUCUGAUCCCUGGUGGAGAGUAGACCUGGUAAAUGUGUAUACGAUUGGGACUGUAAUGAUAACCAAUAGACAGGAUUUGGAAAACGGGCUGGACGGUGCUGAAAUCUGGAUCGGAAAUUCUACAACAAUCAGUGACCCUGAAAGCAUCAGGUGUGCCGUCAUCUCUCACAUUUCCAAGGGACAAGCAUUUUAUUUUCCAUGUAACUCUAUGAAGGGACGCUACGUCACUGUGUUUCUACCAGGAAGUGCGAAGGUCCUGAGUCUCUGUGAGGUUGAAGUGUACUACGGAUACCCAUUACCCAAUGUGGCACUCAAAGGAGAAGCUACCCAGUCAUCUACACUCUCUGUUGCCACGGCGUCCAAAGCCAUCGAUGGCAGAUGGAACUCGUUCUACAGCAAUGGGUUCUGUAGUCACACGGCUGAAGACGAGACCGACCCCUGGUGGAGGGUGGACCUGCAGCGAAGCUUUACAGUCACUGCUGUAAAAGUCACCAACAGAGGAGACUGCUGUGCUGAAAGACUGGAUGGAGCUGAGAUCAGAAUAGGAAACUCACUGGAGAACAAUGGAAACAAUAAUCCCAGGUGUGCUUCCAUCUCACAUAUCAAUGCGGGUAAAACCUACACAUACCAGUGUGACGGAGGCAGCAUGGAGGGUCGCUUUGUGAACGUGUUUCUUCCUGGACAGAAGAAGACUCUCACCCUGUGUGAAGUGGAGGUGUAUGCUGCCCCAGCAGUUGAACCUCUUCCAAACGUGGCCUUAAAGAAACAAACAGUACAGUCAUCAACUUGGUAUGGGCCAGUGUAUGGGCCUUCAAAAGGUGUUGAUGGAUGCAGAAAUGGAAACUUGAACUCAGGAUGCUGUACACACAAUGAUGAAGAUCUGGGUCCCUGGUGGAGAGUAGACUUGUUGGCUGUCUACAAAGUCAGUGCUGUCACCAUCAUCAACAGACAGGAUGGUUAUAUUCCAAGGAUUCUUGGGGCACAGAUCCUGAUCGGGAACUCGCUGGAACAAAAUGGUAACCAAAACCCCAGUUGUGGCAUGAUCAAAUCAUUAGCAGGUACACCAACAUACACAUUCCAGUGUAAUGAAAUGGAAGGUCGCUACAUCAUUGUGAUCAUACCAGGAAAAAAGACUUACACAACCCUGUGUGAAGUGGAGGUGUUUGCUUCUCUAUCUGUUCCAGAAGCUGUCACUCCUUUACCAACUCCUCCACCUCCUCCUCCACCUGUGAGCCUGCAGCUUGGUGGCAGGAACGUGACGGUGGUGGGAGAGAGGCUCUGCUGGUCUGAUGCUCUGAUGUACUGUAGACGUUAUUACUGGGACCUGCUCAGCCUUCACAGCCAACAGGAGCAAAGCGAGUUGGAGCAGCUGCUGGGCCUCAUUCCUUUCUCCCUCACAGACCACGUCUGGCUGGGACUGCGCAGAUCCCUCAGAGGAGACGAGUGGUUCUGGAUGUCUGGAUAUUCCAUGAAUUUCUUAAAUUUUCCACAGGAUUUUGUUCCUGACAGUUACUCCAGCACCUGUGGAGGCGUGGCCAGCACAGAGCACUUCCUCUGGCAGGACCAGCCCUGUGAGGAGAACCUGAACUUCAUCUGCCAAUCAGGUCCUGACGAUGGCGUGCAGAGAGUUUAUUUCUCCAGCACCAAGGAUCCAACAACUUGGAUACUUUCUAAAGCCAUGAGUGGGAUUCAUAGUUGGAGCUUCAUUGGCAUUUCCAUCAUGUUAACAUUAACAUCUGGAACACUUGCAGGUCAACUCCUUUACAACCUGGCACUGAAACAAAAAGCUGUCCAAUCUUCAACCAGUGGCUCUGUGGGUAUUGCUGGUAAGGCAGUUGAUGGAAACAGAGACGCAAACUAUCAAAGUGGGUCUUGCACACUUACCAAUGUAGAAUCUGAUCCCUGGUGGAGAGUAGACCUGGUAAAUGUGUAUACGAUUGGGACUGUAAUGAUAACCAAUAGACAGGAUUUGGAAAACGGGCUGGACGGUGCUGAAAUCUGGAUCGGAAAUUCUACAACAAUCAGUGACCCUGAAAGCAUCAGGUGUGCUGUCAUCUCUCACAUUUCCAAGGGACAAGCAUUUUACUUUCCAUGUAACUCUAUGAAGGGACGCUACGUCACUGUGUUUCUACCAGGAAGUGCAAAGGUCCUGAGUCUCUGUGAGGUUGAAGUGUACUACGGAUACCCAUUACCCAAUGUGGCACUCAAAGGAGAAGCUACCCAGUCAUCUACACUCUCUGUUGCCACGGCGUCCAAAGCCAUCGAUGGCAGAUGGAACUCGUUCUACAGCAAUGGGUUCUGUAGUCACACGGCUGAAGACGAGACCGACCCCUGGUGGAGGGUGGACCUGCAGCGAAGCUUUACAGUCACUGCUGUAAAAGUCACCAACAGAGGAGACUGCUGUGCUGAAAGACUGGAUGGAGCUGAGAUCAGAAUAGGAAACUCACUGGAGAACAAUGGAAACAAUAAUCCCAGGUGUGCUUCCAUCUCACAUAUCAAUGCGGGUAAAACCUACACAUUCCAGUGUGACGGAGGCAGCAUGGAGGGUCGCUUUGUGAACGUGUUUCUUCCUGGACAGAAGAAGACUCUCACCCUGUGUGAAGUGGAGGUGUAUGCUGCCCCAGCAGUUAAACCGCUUCCAAACGUGGCCUUAGGCAAACAAACCAUACAGUCAUCAACUUCAACGUAUGUGCCUUCAAAAGGUGUUGAUGGAUGCAGAAAUGGAAACUUGGGCACAGGAUGCUGUACACAUACUCAACAAGAUCUGGGUCCCUGGUGGAGAGUAGACUUGCUGGCUGUCUAUAAAGUCAGUGCUGUCACCAUCAUCAACAGACAGGAUGCUGUUACAGAAAGGAUUCUUGAGGCACAGAUCUUGAUCGGGAACUCACUGGAGCAAAAUGGUAACCAAAACCCCAGUUGUGGCAUGAUCAAAUCAUUAGCAGGUACACCAACAUACACAUUCCAGUGUAAUGAAAUGGAAGGUCGCUACAUCAAUGUGAUCAUACCAGGAAUUAAGAGAUAUAUGACCCUGUGUGAAGUGGAGGUGUUUGCUUCUGUAUCUGUGCCGGACAUUAUCAUUGCUCCAACGACUCCUCCACCUCCUCCCACACCUCCUCCGCCUGUGAGUGUGCAGCUUGGUGGCAGGAACGUGACGGUGGUGGGAGAGAGGCUCUGCUGGUCUGAUGCUCUGAUGUACUGUAGACGUUAUUACUGGGACCUGCUCAGCCUUCACAGCCAACAGGAGCAAAGCGAGUUGGAGCAGCUGCUGGGCCUCAUUCCUUUCUCCCUCACAGACCACGUCUGGCUGGGACUGCGCAGAUCCCUCAGGGGAGACGAGUGGUUCUGGAUGUCUGGACAGUCCAUGAAUUUCUUGAAUUGGCCACAAGAUUUUGUUCCUGACAGCUACUCCAGCACAUGUGGGGGCAUGACCAGCAGAGAGCACCUCCUGUGGCAGGACCAGCCCUGUGAGGAGAACCUCAACUUCAUCUGCCAAUCAGGUGGAGACUGCCAACUGGCUGGUUUAAAGAAGUUCCCGUGUGAAUUGGAUCUUAACCUGCAGCUGGCAGCCACCUCGGCCCUCUGCUUGCCUCCUCUGCACCUAACAACAAGCUGAGUUCUACUUAAUGAAAUCUUUGUAAAUAGUGAAUUAAAAGGCUAUCUUGUGCUAAAUGCUUAUCCACUGUACAGACUGAGCUCCCUAAAACGACUGACGUAGGCGUGAGAACAG